CAAAUCCAUUCAGUACCCAAUCCAACCAAAACAAAAACAUCAACUCAACUUCAACCAAAAAUGAAGAACUGAUUCUGUAGCUGACCAUAACAACAUGGAUGUUAGUGUCCUUGUGUUGGACCUUGUUAUUAAGAAUUUUGUUCAUAUUACUUUCAUUAUUCGUUAUUCAGACCGAGAAUUCUGGCGUUGAAAAUUAAAUAAAAAGUUAAAUGUCUCAAAGCAUAACCAGCGGGAGUGGAGCCCAGGGUGAAGGUGGAGGUAUUGGUGAGGAGGGUGAAGACCAGGAAGAUCCAUCUUCUUCUUCUUCUUCUCCUAUUUUGGAUCAAUCAAAAGAUGAAGAACUGGCGAACUUUCGUGCCGAGUGGCGCAAAGAAUUAAAAUCUUCUCCAGUUUCUCAAGCUUCGUCAUUGAGUCCUUCGAUCAGUACAAGAGAAGAGUCUGAAACAGACGAGGAAAAGGCGAGGCAAUUAUUUUUGAAGGGUGUGGAAAAUGAACAGCUGGGUAAAUUGUACGAAGCUAUACAGUUCUACAGGAGGGCAGUGCAACUAGUACCUGACAUUGAGUUUCGUCUCUACGAGAGUACAAACCAGAGGCCUGCUGUCGAGACAACAGAACAUGCAGUGGAUGAGACAGAAGAAGAUAACCUGGAGUUGGAGGAUGAAGAAGAAGUGGAGGAGUUUGACCCUUCCCAAUCUGACCUGACCUCACAUUUGCAAAAGGUGGUGAGCAGGAGUUACUGCAUUUGUCAGCCUAAAGUUCCUCAAAAGAUGACACACAUUUCUGCCCUCCCCGUGGAGAUCAUCCUGUACAUUCUGCGCUGGGUCGUGUCCUCAGAACUGGAUCUGCGCUCCCUAGAGAUGUGCUCAUCAGUCUGUCGAGGUUUCUAUGUUUGUAGUCGUGACUCGGAAAUCUGGAGGCUUGUGUGUGUCAGGGUCUGGGGAGUGAACUGUGGAGGUCUGUCUGAGUAUAAGUCCUGGAGGGAGAUGUUCAUCUUACGACCACGGCUCCAUUUCAACGGUUGCUACAUCAGCAAGACCACAUAUGUGCGGAGUGGAGAGAACAGCUUCCAAGACCAGUUCUAUAGACCUUGGCACUUUGUUCAGUAUUUUCGCUAUUUAAGAUUUUUCCCCGAGGGCCUGGUGCUGAUGCUGACAUCAACUGAGGAGCCCACCUCCUGCCUUGGGCAGCUGAAGACGCGGCAGAUGCGACACCCAGCUAUGAUGGUGGGUCACUACCGGCUGUGUGAAAACCGUGUCACGCUGGUGAUGCAGAAACAAGAAGCUUUCAUGUCACAGAAGUAUGCAAGGUCACGCAAAAACAACAACACACAGGAACAAACGUUUCACUUGGAAUUUGAGAUUGUGACCUAUCGAUCCAAGACGCAUGGACAACUGCGAUGGAGGUGCUAUUCAGUCUUCACUAAAAACAGGAACGGUCAUGGAACUUCUACAGCAUUCGAGGUUGUCGGUUCUAGAUUUCCUCCACUCUGGUUUUCUCGUGUCAAAAGCUACACUGCAGAGGCUGAUUACCCUUUAAUGUAAAGUUAUAGAUUUUAUUUUCUCAGAUCUGUAAGUUGUAAUUAACUAGAUGAUUAAAUCAUCAUAAAAUGUUGUGUA